ACGCUGUCAUUACUGUGUUUUUGUUAUUGUUGUAUCUAGGUUCGGAAAAGGGCUGUCACGUUGACGAACAGCGGAUUGUCGACGCUGCGUAACGUUUUAUUUUAUUGCAUUUUUUUUUUGCAGAUGGAUUCCAGUUUCAUCUGAUAGAUUCCGUUAUUUUUUGUAAAAGCUGCGACCAACGCAAGCUCCUUGCACAGGUGCAGGUGGGUGUGUCCGCUUUGCCUCGUCACCAUGGAUACGGCCAGGAGGGUGGAGUUUCGGAACGUGGGGCGGAGCUACUUUCCCCAGAGCAGAGUAGAAUGCCACUACACCCUCAGCCCUGAGCACAGCUGGGCCAGCAGCGACUGGAUCGGCCUGUUUAAGGUGGGCUGGACCUCGCUGAGGAAUUACCACACCUUUGUGUGGGCCCUUGUUCCUGGAGGCUACAAAGAGGGAAGCAGUGCUAACUGCUGUGUGCACUUCCACGCCUCGUACCUGCCCGGGCCGGGCCCGGAUGUGUACCAGUUUGUGUACGUGGAUGCCCAGGGGGGCGUGUGCACUCAGAGCUCCCCCUUCUCCUUCUGCGCCCCCAAACCGCUGGAGGAGCUGGUCACCCUGGGGGAGGAGACGCACGGGGAGGAGGACCUGCUGCUGGUCAUACCCCGCGCUGAGCUCCUGCAGGGCCGUCUGGAGCAGUGCCUGCAGGAGAGGGCGGAGCUACUGCAGGCCCGGGAGGCGGCAGAGAGAGGGGAGGAGAGGGAGAAGCAGAAGAGAGAGAGGGAGAAGGAUGAGUGGGAGAGAGCGAGGGAGCAGCUGGAGGAGGACAUGAGAGAACUGCGGGAGAGUCUGAGGCAGAGCCGGGAGACUGUGCAGCAGCUGGAGAAACAACAGCAGGAGGUGCUGUCUUCUCAAGAGGCGGUGGUCAAGGAGAAAGAUGACCUAUUGGCUGAGAGAGCAGACAGCCAGCAGCGAAUCAGAGAGCUGGAGGAGGACAUCAAAUGCCUGACACUUCGAGGGCUGGAGAGAGAGACUGAACUGGAGAGGAUGAAGGACAGGAUGAAGAAGGUGACCACACAGAGGAAGGGUGAGGAGGAUGAGCGAAAGAGACUGCAGACGCAGCUGGAGCAGACUGAGGGCGAGCUGCGCAGCCUGUCUGCAGAGUUUCAGAAGCUGCGCAGCUGCCUGGCCCAGAGGGACACACAGAUCCUGCUGCUGAAAGACUGCAUCACCACACUCACACACAGGCUCAACGCUGCACAGAAGAAAGAGGCGGAGGGCGAGUCGGCCAUUUCGGAUCUGCGCGGUGUUCAGGACCGGCUGAGCGCCAGCGAGCGGGUGGUGGAGGGUCUGAGAGGCGAGCUGAGCGGGCUGGCGGCUCAGAGGGACCGGGGCCAGACGGAGCUGCACCAGGCCCGCAUGCAGGCCGCCCAGCUCACCCUGCAGCUGGCCGACUCCAGCCUGGCCCUGCGGGAGGGCCGCGCCAGCUGGGCGCAGGAGAGAGAGGGUCUGCAGCACACCACGGAGCUGGAGCGAGAGCGUGCAGAGAAGCUGCUGGAGGAGACGCAGCAGAAAGCAGAGUGGCUGCAGGAGGAGAAGAUGGAGAGAGAGAAGGUGGAGGUGGAGCUGGGAAGAGAGAAGGACUGUAACAGGGUGCAGAUGAGCGAGGUGCGCAGGGAGCUGCAGGAGCUCAGGACCAGCCUGCAGGUGUCCCAGAAGGAGAAGGAGCAGCUGGUGCUGAUGAAACAGGAGCUGAUGGAGUACAUUCGGCAGCUGGAGCAGAGAUUGGACGCUGUGGCAGAUGCCAGAUGGAGCGAGUCGGCAUUCUCCUCCAGCCGUCCUGACAGCCCGCUGUCUGACUCAGAGGAUGAGAACCCAGAGGCCCUCCAGCCCACGCGCCCCCAGAGGCCCCUGGGGGCCUAUGGCCUGUGUGACCCCCCCCACACUGACACCCUGCUCCUGACCACCCCGCCACCGUCGCCACCAGAACUGUGCCGGGGGGGCGUGGUCAUCAGCCAGCCCGCCCCCCUCUGCUCUCCACGACAACCAGGGAGUGACACGCUGCCACACAGCUCGGAGUCGGAGGAAGAGGAGCAGGACAUACCCAAGACCAGGGGUCCGAGCUCUGGGGACGAGACUGCCCCCUUGCUGCCCCAAUACAACGAGAUCAUCCUGAGGGAGCUCACUGAUUCCCCUCUGUGGUAAGGCACGGAACUGCCGCUGCACUACCUGGGGUCACCAGCAGGAGGCGAGAGAAGUUUCCACAACUGUUACUUUUUCAUACACCAUACACACUGUUUCAUGAAUACAGCACAGUACAUAUAGAAUUACCUUUGAACAUACAAUAUGUAAAUCUUCAGCCUCACUGAGCUCAGUCAGCAUAUCUCACUGCCCCACACACACACACACACAAAUCAAAAGCAUACUGACUGUAAUAUACAUACUGAUAACAAACAUUUUUUACAGAAAGAUAGACUGGCGAAAUGUGCUUAUUUUUUUCUGUGUGUGUGCUUGUGCGCGUCUGAAUGAGAGACUGUGUGCACGCGUGUGUUUGUGUGGUCACGCAUGUGUUCAGGUGUGCAUGUGUGUGCGAGAAAGUGUGUGCGUACUUGCGUGUCUGCCUGUCUCCCUUUGGAAUAAAGUUUCAACUGGUUUUAGAUUUGACUGCAGCUGGCACCUGCCUGUACUGUAAAAGAAACCUUUAUAACUGCAAUAAGCCACAGUUGCUCUCACCAGCCUAAGCUCACUGGUUUCAGAACGUCACAUUUUUAAAGUUUUUGUGCUUUUAUAUGUGCACAUUUAAUUGUAUAAUCCUUUACUGUUAUUCAUUCUAUGUGUUACAGUUUGAGUUUAAGACUUAGUUCUUGGUUAUAGUCAGAGCUGUAGAGGAAAGUUGGCAGCAAACUGAAGGGGGGGGGAUGAUGUUAGUAUGUAAUGAAAGUAUGUAAGGGCCGUAUUUAACGAAAUUAUGUAAGGACCGUAAAAGGAGGACUUUUGAAACAGGAGAGAGAAAAGGAGUUAAAGCUUCAAGCUAAGCUUCAAAAUGAGGCUUCGGGAAACCUGUUAUGGGCAGGGCUACGCUAGGCCGUCAAAUUCUCACUUACAACUUUAAAAAAAAGAAUUCUGAAAACAUUACAUUACAGGUAAUUAGUUGAUGCUUUCAUCCAAACUGCCCUACAGUUGAUUAGACUAACCAGGGGACAAUCCUCCCCUGGAACAAUGCAGGGUUAAGGGUCUUGCUCAAGGGCCCAACAGCUGUGCAGAUAUUAUCGUGGCUACACCAGGGCUUGAACCACCAACCUUCCAGGUCCCGGUCAUGUACCUUAAACAUUAGGCUGCAUGCUGCUGCCAUGAAAGCCAUUGAAGUGGUGACAUCACUGAGCCUAUGGUAUUGCUCCGCCCAUCGGGGGUCUGUAGCCUUGCUCUCCUGUCACUCGAAAGGCCCGUCCACACCAAGAAUGAUAACUAUAACGAUAGAUAUAUCGUUUUAAAAAUCGUCCUAACUCAAGUGGAUAAGGGGAGUCCACACCAAACCUAUAACGACAACGACAGUGACAAGCAAUAUCGUUUUUUGUUUUUUUUCAGCUGCAUGACAUAGCCGUCCAUACACACAUAGGUGCAGAAUGUUAAGGUUCAUCAGUGUGGAUAGGUGACAUAGACACCGUUCUUUGCGUGGUCAGGCCUUAAAGCUCUGCGCUUAGUGCAGCACACCGGACCGUUAAGCUGUGGCUGAUGUCAUUUUAAGGGGAUAGAAGCGAUGCGGCGAUGAACAGGCUCAAACAGCAACGCGCAAAUGAUCUGCAACGUGGUGAAUUCUCUCGUCAUUUGGCUCUUUGGUUGGCCAGCCAACCUCUCUUUGGAUUUCCCGUUAACCCUAAGAGGUCCUUACGGUGGGAAAAAAAAACACCAAACAGGUGUGUUUAUCUAUAAAAGCACUUUUGAAAUGUUACUGUUUGCGUGGGAUAUGCGUGGUGGAGGCUGUUUAUGGGACACCGUGAGUAGGGUCCAUGCUGCAGUUAAGCUUCAUAUACAUGUGCAGAGACCGGAGUCUUAACUACAGACCAGGCUGUGAUCGUAUAACAAGAGCUACAACCUAGUGUAAUUAAAGUUAGGAUUCCAGUGGGAUGAAAACAUUGAUUUUUAAACAAAAACAAAUUGUUCCAAAUACAUCAUGAUGGUGAAAUGUAACGUGAUACAAAAUGCCUCUAAAUACAUUUAUUUUGUGGGCUACUUUACUUAAUAUAUCGCGACUCAUGAUGUUCGUAUUCGCUAUCAUGUGUGUCUUAUCACAGAAAAGUGAGAGGCUUAACCGUUCUUUUUUUUUUUUGGAGAAAUGAGCACUAUAUAAAUGAAGCAAAGCUGAAGCAUGUAAGGAUCUCACGAGUGACAGGGCUCUUUGGUCACAUCACCCCCACAGUAGGUGUUCCCCUGACACAUGAAGUUUUCUGGUUGGUUGUUGUCAGUGAGUGAUUCACCUGGCCAGCGCUAGCUCUUCUGUAGUGCAUGGUGGCAAGUGCUGUUGGAAUAUAAACACUGUGUCAAGGGUGAUGGCAUCAGUGGAGCGCAUGCUAAUCUGCUCACUUUCACAGUUCCACUGGAUAAUUCCCGCCCGCAGAAUGAAUGAAUCAGUGAAUUAAUAAAUUAAUAAGGAAGUAUAAUGAAAGCCUGAGGUUGCAUUUCGGAGUUGCUGGAGCCUUGUCUUCAUUAAAGCAUCUGAGUGACAGCACAGAACACAAGAACACAUACGACGGCCGAUACUUAGCGUUGACAGUGGGUCGUAGUGGGUUAAGGCUGCACUAUGAGAGCACAGGUCAGAAAUGCGUGGACUGUAUGGUGAAAAGGCUGCUUGGAAGGGUGACGUGGAGUUUGAAACUUUAGAAUUUCUCCCAGAAAUAUAUUUUACUGGGGAAGAUCUGUUUCACUUUUUAUUUUUAGCAACUUACAUGAUGGUUUUAAUUGAUUUUGACAUUUACUGUACUGCUCCUAUUCUUACAGCUAGAACAAAUGUGUGUAAAAUCAUGGGUAAUUGCACAUUUAUGAUUUAAUGUAGGCUACUUGCAGUUUUAUAUAAUGCUGUCCAGCGGUUCUAUAGCAAAUAUAUUAUUGUUCUGUUCAUUUCUGUAUUCUACGGUUUCAUAUAUUUGAUCUGAUUUGUCUGUGUUGGGAUGAUAUUAUUCUGAGUGUCUGUUUGCUUUUUUCUUUUUGAUCCUUAUAGCAGCUUUUCUGUUGUUCUCUCUCAGAGAAAAUACCAAAACAAGUUUGUAGCAUCACAGGCGGUCCAACUGGUUUUUCUGAAUUCACCAAAAAAAAAAAAAAACUCCCAUUUUUGGCUAGAAUUUGGGCACGAUUUUUUUGGUGGCCCUUAGGAUUUACAGUGUGCGGUUACAUCCAGGGGUUAGCAUUAUUGGUGCUAUUUCAAACAAACUGAGAGGAAGAGUGCAGGUGGACUACCAUAGAAAUAACUCGUAUUCAACAACAGGCCUGGUUGAUUCCAUCUCUGGCAAGCAUGAUUAAUGGCCAUUACUGCAAAGUACUGAAAUUACAGAACAAGCUCAUUUAUUGUGAGCCCAUUUCUUUGACUAUUAGUUCCCUUUUGAUAAUAACCCCGGUACACUGCACACCUACAAAGUUUGCUACUGAACUUGUUGCAAUUUUAGGAAUUUGAAUUCCUCAUUAUUAUCACAAAAGAAUAUUUCUUGUCAGGUGCAUUUCUAUGCUUUGUACUCGCUAAACUGACACCGCGGAGGGCAAUACGGAUCCGAGCGGAAUUUGAGCGUUGACCGUGUUGCGUUUUAUUCGUUUGAAAAACUGAAAACCGUACUCUAGUUCCUGCGUCAUGCUGCACGCGGCGCGACCGCGUCGUUUCCGUGUUUCCGUUCAGAGCCCUUCGGGUUGCAGCGUCACUUUAUCUUCAGGGCUGGGGGUGUUUUUCUCCUGGGAGGAGGGCGGUUCUGCACCGCAGAGGUGAGCUAACCUGGAACAGGCUGUUCUGUACAGUUGGGCCUGCACAUUUUGGGUUUCUUUAAAGUUUGUUCGUUUUUUUUUUUUUCAUGGAGUGUACCUAACUUCCUCUCCAAAAUGUAUUUUCUGAGCUGAUGUGCCGUGUGCAGGUUAAGUCUCUGGAUUAAAAUACAAUCUGUAUGUAUCA